AUGACACUUGCGAAACUGUUAAAACCCGACAAAACGGCUCCCACCCCAUUGGAGGAGGAAAUCGCUGGUACCUUGGUGGACCUGCAAUCACAUGAGGAUAUGUCGGAGUUGGUUAAGAUGAUUUACUUUUGUGGUGCUAAGGAGUUCUCCAUCGGCCACGAAAAGGCUAUUGUCAUCUACGUUCCUGUCCCUCAAUUGCGCACUUACCACCUGCUGCACAAUCGUUUGGUUGGAGAAUUGGAGAAAAAACUACGGGGUCCGCAGGUCUUUAUCGUUGCUUUUAGGCGGAUCUUGCCUAAGCCACGUAGGAAAUGUAAGAGCAAUCCCAAACAGAAGCGUCCAAGAAGUCGCACUCUUACCGCGGUUCAUCAAGCCAUCUUAAAAGACAUUGUUUAUCCUGCUGAAAUUGUUGGUCAGCGUACUCAGGUUAAAAUUGACGGGAGUUCGCUGAUUAAGUGCCACCUUGAUAUUGCUCAGAGGAACUACGUUGAACAUAAGCUAAAGACGAUAACUGGAUUGUACAAGAAACUGUCUGGGAAAGAUGUGGCCAUUGAAUUCCCAGAUUGGGUACUGUAA